AUGCAAGUCGCUACGCCAACUCUUCACUCAUCGUCACAAGCAUGCCUGCAGGCUGGCGGACACACCGGAGUUGGCAUGCGUGCGCACACACAGUCGACUGAUCCGCCCGGAGACGCUGUGUACAAGACAGGUAUGGUUCCCAAUCUACAGCAUCGCCCAGGGCUUUGUAUAAGACUAAUCUGCCCGUAUCUGCAGUCCUGCUUUCCUCCCUCCCCCCUCCCUCGUCUGAUUCAAUCUCAUCCGCCCCUCCUUCCCAGACUGCCGUUCAUCGGUCUUCAAGUCUCUGCUGCAGUUCUUUGCCGUUCCUACUUUGUUCCCCUUCGCAUCUUUUCUCUUCCCUUCCCUACAUGUCCCCCUUCUCGUCUUGCUUCUCACCUCUCCACACUUCAUUUCUCCCACUUUCUUGUCUCUUCUUCUCCUUUGUUCUCAUUCUUUCAUUCUUCCCCCUUUGCCUCUUCUCUGUUGUCUGUCACUUCUCUUCCCCUCAGCUGGGCAAUCUUCUCUUCGCCUCAUUUUUCCGACCUCUUUUUUUGCCAUUCCUGCUCUCCACCUGCUUCCGGUUGA